AUGGACGCGCAAGAACUUGCGCCGGGCUCGCUGAGCUGGCGCUUAAGCUCACACCCCAUUACGCUCCUUACGUUCCUCGGGUUCCGAAUUGCAAGCUUCCUAGUCUAUCUAUUAGGACUACUCAUUAUACAUAACAUGAUCAUGAUCUUCAUCAUAACCAUCCUCCUCCUCGCCGCCGACUUCUACUACACGAAAAACAUUGCCGGGCGGCGGCUCGUGGGUCUCAGGUGGUGGAACGAGGUGAGCCCGGAGUCGGGCGAGUCCAAGUGGGUGUUUGAGAGCAGCGAGCCUGGCACCAAGGUCAUCAACCCCACCGACAGUCGGUUCUUUUGGCUCGCCAUGUACGUGCAGCCUGUGAUCUGGAUCAUCAUGGCUAUUGUCGCCAUUUUCAGAUUCCAGUUCCUCUGGCUACCUCUUGUUGUCAUCGCGCUCGUCCUGACCAUCAUGAACUCCCUCGCCUUUUCGCGCGCCGACAAGUUCAGCCAGGCGUCCAACCUUGCCGGGUCCGCCUUCUCCACCGGCAAUAUAGCUGGGACGUUAGCUUCCAACGUGGUAGGGCGUUUCUUCGGGAGGUGA